AUGGAACAACAGGGGGACAUCGAAGGUUCUGGAUCCAGUUCUAGCUUCAGUUUCUACACUUCUGAUACUUCAACAUCCAUGGCUAUCGCCAAAGUCAUCCGUGAAGAACAGGCAGCUCGAUUUAACGAAUUUGGGGAUUCCGAUGAAGACGAUUUUAGAUUCUCAUUGGAUUUAAGUGAAGAAGAAGUUUCAGCAAAAGAGAUCGAUUCGCGAGGUUGGAAUGUUUUUCCUAUUUUCAAUCGCGCUCUUCUCGUGAAAGAUGAAGUUAAAUCGAAGGAUAAUGAGAUUCAUGCUUCUGAUUCUAUCACCAGUUCAUUACAGAAGCUGUUCAUUGAUGAACCAGAAGAAUCUUCAUCGUGUUCAUCAUCAGAAGCCGACGAAUUGGAAGUUCUACCCUCUGGAACUUACUGUGUGUGGAGGCCUAAGACGGAAGGUGGAUCGUCACCUGUUAUGACUAAAAUCAAGAAGAGCAGUUCUACGGGGUCUCUAUUGAAGAAGUGGAAGCUCCGGUAUAUGCUCCGGCGAAGCAACAGUGAAGGGAAGGAUCCUGUGGUGUUGUUAACUCCUAAGCAAAAGAGGAAUUCCGGUGAGGUUUCCAAAGUCGCCGGGAAGUUGAAGGCUCAAACUCCCGUUCAUGAGCUAUUUUACGUGCGAAAAAGAGCAGAAAAUGAAGUCGGAAAGCGGAAAUCGUUUCUACCUUAUAGGCAAGUAGGGCUGUUCACAAAUGUCAAUGGAAUGGCGAAGAUGCUUCCAUUCUAG